AUGCUCACGCCCCAGAACAUCCAACAAAUAAUUGCAGGGUCAAAGCCUUUUCUUCGUUGGUAUGUUCGAACCUUCAAUAAUAUCAAUGUUGUUUCGAGCACUGCGUCAGGCUGGACACUAAAAUCAAGGUAUAAGGAAGAAGAAGAAGAAGAAGAAGAAGAAGAAGAAGAAGAAGAAGAAGAAGAAGAAGACAACACGAGGGAACAGCUUUCUUUGACAGCUUCGAAUAAUUUCACUGGAGACGAUCCGAGUCACGGUUUCAUUCACUACGUCAAUCAACAAGGCUCCGUUGAGCAGAAGCUGACCUUUGCAUCUGCCAACUCGGUAAUACUACCGUUGAUACAACUGAUGAGGAUGCCAGUACGGGCCGUGAUUCGGUCCAAAUCACCAGAAAACAGACAUUCGAUUCAAGCUUGUUCAUAUUCGACAUUCUUCACACACCAAACGGCUGUGGGACUUGGUAAGCAGAAGAAGAAAUCUACGCGGGGCUACCGGUGCGAAGAUGUGCGUAGGCCUGCUAUAUGGACUGCAGAUCCCUCGUCAUGGCCCAAGACUGGUGGGAUAGAUGUCCUCGAAGCGGUCAAUAGCGCAACCACGGGCAAUCAGACGACUUUACAUACAAGCAACGGAUGCACUGUGCAUGCCAAGCGCAAGGAGUUGGGCAAGGUCUUGACCAGAGAUUGCUACAACGGAACAGAUUCAAAUGCAGGGUGCGGCGUCCAAGGGCCAGACGAUACUUUCGGGGAAGCACUCAACAACAAUUGUGGUGGUGUGAGUAAUCAAUAA